AUGAUAAACUUACCAAAAACAUCAAGAUUUAUUGUAGAGUUUGAUUCAACAUUAGAUUUAUUUCGAAAAACUGUGAAGACAGCAAAUAUUGCAUUAUGGGCAUCUGGUGCAAAUAUUUUUAAAGAAAAUCACACUUUCUUAACUUUACAAUUGUUUUGUACAGUGAGUUAUAUUAUAGCAACAAUGGCCAUCAUCUUCUAUAAUUUAUAUUUGUUCCACGAUGAUUUCAUUCGUUGUUGCUUUAUGUUGACGAUAUUUUUUAUUGCCAUCCAAGGAUUCACCAAGGUCUACACACUUUUUCGCUACAAAAUUGGCAUCCUUGCAAUGGUUGCACGAUGUGAAACAAUUAUGAUGAAGUAUAAUUACCCGAAAGUGAAUGAAAUCUUCGAAAAAUGGAUGCUAAUUACGUGGUACUUGUUUGUGUUGCUAGCAGUUACCUUUUGCACUGCUGGCGUUUUAGCUGCAAUUUAUCCAAUCAUUGUGUACCUUAUAACUGGAACAAAGUUUCUCCAUUUUGGUUAUCAACUUCCUUGGUUACAAUGGGAUGGACGAUAUGGCUAUCUUUGUAAUUUCGUAUUUUGUUGCAUUGCGACUUUUUUAUAUGCAUUGCCAUUAAGUGCAACAGUCUGCAUUUACCUUUUAUUCGUUUUAAUCGUGCUAGCACAGUACGACAUGCUUGAAGUUUUUAUUGAAGAAUUAGAUGAAAGUAUUGUUUCAAAUGACAAUGGAAGGAACGCUAAAUUAAUUAAAAGUCAAAUAAAAAGGAUCGCUGAAAAUUACAUAGAAAUUUGCGAUUUUGUGAAGGCAUAUAAUAAUACUUAUCAACUAGUCAUUUUCGUUGAAGUUGGAUGUUUGAUUGGAGAAAGUACAAUUUGUUUGUAUGCUAAUGCUACGGAUAUAUUCUUUCCGGGCAUUCUCAUUAUAUUUACCUGCGCUUUCCAAAUUUUUCUACCCUGCGUUUUGGGAACAAUUUUAAUUAUAGCAGGAGACAACUUCUACGACAACCUGUGCAAAAUACAUUGGAACUUGCUGUCAAUACCUGAUCAACAUUCAUUCAUACUUCUUCUGAUAUCUUCAAAGACAUCUGAAGUUAUAACAAUUCAAAUGAAUGUUUUGCAUCUUGAAACCUUCGUUGCGAUUUACAAAUCAAUUUAUUCUUAUUUCACUCUUUUAAUGAGUAUGGAAUAA